AUGGACGUGCCGCUGCCGCUGCCGCUGCUGCUGGGCUCCCUGGCCGUCUCCGUCGUCGUGUGGUGCCUCCUGCUCCGCCGCGGCGGGGACGGGAAGAAGGGGAAGCGGCCGCUGCCGCCCGGUCCCCGGGGCUGGCCGGUGCUGGGCAACCUGCCGCAGGUGGGUUCUCAUCCGCACCACACCAUGUGCGCGCUUGCGAAAGAGUACGGCCCGCUGUUCCGGCUCCGGUUCGGCAGCGCCGAGGUGGUGGUGGCCGCGUCGGCGCGGGUGGCGGCGCAGUUCCUGCGCGCCCACGACGCCAACUUCAGCAACCGCCCUCCAAACUCCGGAGCCGAGCACGUGGCCUACAACUACCAGGACCUGGUGUUCGCGCCCUACGGCUCCAGGUGGCGCGCGCUGCGGAAGCUGUGCGCGCUCCACCUCUUCUCCGCCAAGGCCCUGGACGACCUGCGCGGCGUCAGGGAGGGCGAGGUGGCGCUCAUGGUGAGGGAGCUCGCCCGGCACCAGCACGCCCCCGUGGUGCUGGGCCAGGUGGCCAACGUCUGCGCGAUCAACACGCUGGCCCGGGCGACGGUGGGGCGGCGCGUGUUCGCGGUCGACGGAGGAGAGGAAGCCAGGGAGUUCAAGGACAUGGUAGUGGAGCUGAUGCAGCUCGCCGGGGUCUUCAACGUCGGCGACUUCGUGCCGGCGCUGGCGUGGCUCGACCCGCAGGGCGUGGUCGGCAAGAUGAAGCGGCUGCACCGCAGGUACGACGACAUGAUGAACGGGAUCAUCAGGGAGCGGAAGGCCGCCGGGGAAGGCAAGGACCUGCUCAGCGUGCUGCUGGCCAGGAUGCGGGAGCAGCAGCCGCUCGCGGACGGCGAGGACAGCAGGAUCAACGAGACUGACAUCAAAGCACUCCUCCUCAACCUCUUCACGGCGGGGACGGACACGACGUCCAGCACGGUGGAGUGGGCGCUGGCCGAGCUGAUCCGGCACCCGGACGUGCUCAAGAAGGCCCAGCAGGAGCUGGACGCCGUCGUCGGCCGCGACCGCCUGGUCUCCGAGACCGACCUCCCGCGCCUCACGUACCUGACGGCGGUGAUCAAGGAGACGUUCCGGCUGCACCCGUCCACGCCGCUGUCGCUGCCCCGCGUGGCCGCCGAGGAGUGCGAGGUGGACGGGUUCCGCAUCCCCGCGGGCACCACGCUGCUGGUGAACGUGUGGGCGAUCGCCCGUGACCCGGAGGCGUGGCCCGAGCCGCUCCAGUUCCGGCCCGGCCGCUUCCUCCCGGGCGGCUCGCACGCGGGCGUCGACGUCAAGGGGAGCGACUUCGAGCUCAUCCCCUUCGGCGCCGGCCGGAGGAUCUGCGCGGGCCUCAGCUGGGGCCUGCGCAUGGUCACGCUCAUGACGGCCACGCUCGUGCACGCCCUGGACUGGGACCUCGCCGACGGCAUGACCGCGGGCAAGCUGGACAUGGAGGAGGCGUACGGGCUCACCCUGCAGCGCGCCGUGCCGUUGAUGGUCCGUCCAGCACCCAGGCUGCUGCCGUCUGCCUACGCAGCGGAGUAG